AUGCUCGUAAUCUACGCUUCCUUUGAGCAUGCUAACGCAGCAUACCGAACAUAUUUCUAUCCAAAAGUGCAUCUUCAACAAUCGGUCACUGCAUUGGCUCCUCGGGUCGUGGUCCUACUCGUCGCGUGCUUGAUAAUGGACGCCAGCAUUUUCGACUUCACGACGAUCAACAUUCCGAAUACAGUAUUCUUGGGCAUUGCUAAGGCUUUGGCAUGGUUUUUUAUGGCAAGGACUGCCGAAUGCACUUCUUGGCGCAUUGCACCAGCGAUAGGGACUUUUGGGAUCACCGCAACCCCUGGUCCUUUUUCACAAGCCUCAGAGUUCCAAGCAAUCUCACAUCUGGCAGUGUCGAUACUGGCACUGGGUAAUAUGGUACACUUGAUAUUCAAGCCAUCGAAGACGAAGAGAGUUCCAACGCUAUGGUUAUUAGCUAUUGCUUCUCUUGGCCCUUACAUUAUGAAUCUUUUCGUUGCCAGAGAUGCAGUCUCUACAGCUCAAACAUUUGCUGGUCAUUCCGAGAAACAUCCUGUUGAGAUCUUAAGCCGAGAAGCAGACAUCAAAUUCCAACACCUGCUGAGAACACAAUCGGCCAACUACACGGCAGCCCAUGUCGAAUACGUACGUCGAUAUAGGACAGAGCCGCCUCCAGGCCUUCAAGGAUGGUUUGACUUUGCAAUAGCGAACCAGUCUCCCAUUAUCGACGAUUUCGAUAUGAUAUUUGAUUCUGUAUCGCCUUUGCUCAAGAUGAGCGGUGAACAAGUUAGUCAAGUGAUGCGCAUGGCGUACGAAGCGACGGGAAGUGACCUUUGGCUUUGCUCCUUUUCGUCUGCACAAGGCACAACCCAAUGCCAGCACGCAUCCCGUACUUUCGACCGAAACAUUGCGUCUUCAUUCAACAAGUUGUUAAAGGGUUUAGAGCAUAGCAAGAUCCCGGAUUUGAAGUUUCUCGUAAAUCACCUCGACGAGCCGCGAGUUCUCCUCCCCUCGCAAUUUGCAGAAGAUAUUGGUGAACAGCCUUCAAUCACCCUCGGUCGUUUCAAUCUGAAAAAUAUGUCGGGACGACCAGUCGGCAAAGAAAUCUCGAAGCACUGCUCAAACCAAGAACUCGCAUCAAGGCACACGAGAAACUCGACCGUCGAAUCCUGUGGCCUUCCAUUUGUGUCAGACCUAUCAGUGGCUGCGGAUCUAUGCCGACAUCUCAAGCAUACCUCCCUACAUGGUCUCAUUGCGAGACCAAAGUCGUUUCGUUUGAUCGAGGGCCUGGUGCCUAUCCUAUCCACAGGUGCUCUCCCAUCAAUGGGAGAUAUUGUGUACCCGAGCCCGGCAUAUCUGGAGGAAGAGUUUCAGUACGCCGAUGACCAAGAUAUCGAGUGGGAGAAAAAAAGGAAUAACGUCUAUUGGACUGGGUCUAACACCGGUGGCUUCGCUGUAGAUGGCAGUUGGAGGAAUUAUCACCGCCAGAGAUUCGUGGCCUUGGCACAGAAUCUGCAUCAGCCCGAAGAACAGCACCAUACCUACCUGAGGCUAGUCAACGGCGUGGUCGAGCGUGUGACCUCAAGCUUCUUGAACAGUCGCUUGUACGACGUUGCUUUCACAAGGUUGUUCCAGUGCCGGAAGACACAGUGCAGAGACCAACACUCGUACUUCAAUGUGAGGUCUUGGGUGGACAAGAAUCAAGCGUUUCGCUCACGGCUCGUCUUCGACCUUGACGGAAACGGCAUCAGCGGGCGCUAUCACAAGUUCCUAGCAUCAAAGUCCACACCACUGAAACAGACUCUUCUCCGCGAGUGGCACGAUGAACGCCUCGUUCCUUGGAUACAUUAUGUGCCCGUCAGCCUGAGCAUGGAGGAGCUACCUGAGCUUGUUUCAUACUUGACUACAACUGAUAGUGGGCAGCAACGAGCAAGAAACAUUGCGAUGCAGGGGAGAGAGUGGCAUGCCAAGUCCUUGCGUGAGGUGGAUUUUGCAAUUUACAACUACAGGCUUCUGUUGGAACUAGCGCGGCUACAAGAUCCCAAGCGGAAGCAAUUAUGA